AUGAGACGUCAGGGUCAACAGAUUUCAGACCGAUUAACUGUUGAAGUUGACUGCCACUCCUUGGGUCCCAGUGAUUGCCCCUCAAUGACUUCGAGCUUCUCUCCUUUGGAAUCCCCGACUCCCACCCCAACCAGUCUGUACAGCCAACACUCAAUGGCUUCUCCGAGCUGGCACGAAGCCGGCAACUAUCAUAGUAUGCCUAUGGAACGCCGUUCUUCAGCAACUCCUCUCCGAAGUGCAUUCAGAAUGGCCGAUUUAACAUCUGGUGAUGCCAUGGGCAUGCCCUGUGGAAUGGAACGUCCGGAUCAGCUUCCCAUUGCUGAUUACUUCCCUGGCUACGAUGAGAACGUGGACCAGUUCCUUCUACCUGACAACAUGCCUAAGACUUUCGAACAACCCACUUUCCCUUACCAAGCCCCAAUGACUCAGUACAACACCAUGGGCCGAAACUAUACAUACCGACCUCAGCAGCAGCAGACCUAUCUGCCAGAUUCUGCCUCAAACCCAUGCCUAUCCCGUCCCAUCUUCAACCAGCCUGAGCGGAUGUCCAAUUCCGUCUCCAUGUCCAAUAUGCUCCAUUGGAUGCCCUCCCAUGAGUCUCUAGGUGCCACACAAACCAUCGCACCUCAGCAGGCUUUCCCUAAUCCCCACGGCCCUGUUACUCCACCCUCAUCAUCUUACUCUGAAUUCCCCACCAACCUUCAAGGGUUCAAAACACAGAGUCCUUCUACUCCUGUUCGCUCCGUCUCUCUCGGAACUCCUUCUGGGAGUGAUACACCUGUCAGCCGACUAUCUGGGCACAAUGAAUAUCAUGAAGAAUUCUCUGUUUCCCCUAUCUACAGAGACAGCAAUGGCAUCAUGAGGAGCCACACUCACCGCGGGCCUUCUCGGAAAUCAUCCAAGAAGAACCUGACUCGCUCCAACCUCAGCCUCGAGCAUCUUCCCGCUGUGAUCAAGCAAGUUCAGUUCAAGUGCAAAGAGCCUGGUUGCAAGGGUCGAUUCAAGCGUCAAGAGCACUUGAAACGCCACAUGAAGAGUCAUUCUAAGGAGAAGCCCCACGUUUGUUGGGUUCCUGGAUGCCACCGGGCGUUCUCCCGCAGUGACAACCUUAACGCCCACUACACGAAGACCCACAGCAAGCGUGGUGGACGUAACCGUUACGUUGCAACCCUAGAUGACACUAGCCCAGACUUUGAUCCUGAAUUCCGGGGCCAACUUACCCCUGAUGGACGACCUAUUUAUGGAUCGAAGCUUGAAGAUCCUAUGAUGGACUGCGAUCUUAGCGUUGACGGCUGGGACGAUUAG